AUUUCCUCCAGAAAACCACAAAACUCUUCUCUUUCCCCAGCAGGAAACAGACAAAGGAGAGAAAAACAGGAAGAGAGUUUUGAGCUGGAAAAAAUUCAGUAUAUGGAACUCAAGGAAACAUUACCUGAAAAGGUCAGGGGGGGAAAUUUCCAAAUUCAGAAAAAGAGAGAAAUCUGUGGGAGAAGCAGAGGCUGUAGAUCACGGCUGAUUAUGCACAGGAGGAUCCACACCAGAGAAAAGCCAUACAAAUGCUCCGAAUGUGGCAAAAGCUUUACUUGGAACAGCUCCCUGGAGGUACAUCGAAGGACACACACUGGAGAGAAGCCAUACCAGUGCUCUAAUUGCGGCAAAAGCUUUAGCGUGCAUGCAACCCUGGUAAGACACAAGAGGACUCACACCGGGGAGAAACCAUAUGAGUGUCUGGAUUGUGGGAAAAGUUUCAGUCAGAGUUCCCGCCUGGUGAUACACAAGAGGACUCACACUGGGGAGAAACUGUAUGAGUGUCCAGAUUGUGGGAAAAGUUUUAGUCAGAAUUCCAGCCUGGUAAUACACCAGAGGACUCACACUGGGGAGAAACCAUAUGAGUGUCCAGAUUGUGGCAAAAGUUUCACUCAGAAUUCCCACCUGGUAAUACACCAGAGGAUUCACACUGGGGAGAAACCAUAUGAGUGUCCAGAUUGUGGCAAAAGUUUCAGUCAGAAUUCUGACCUGGUGAUACACCAGAGCACUCACACAGGAGAGAAACCGUAUGAGUGUCCAGAUUGUGGGAAAGGUUUCAGUCAGAAUUCCAGUCUAGUAAUACACCAGAGGACCCACACAGGAGAGAAACCGUAUGAGUGUGUGGAUUGUGGGAAAAGUUUCACUCAGAAUUCCCACCUGGUGAUACACCAGAGGACUCACACAGGAGAGAAACCCUAUGAGUGUCCAGAUUGUGGGAAAAGUUUCAGUCAGAAUUCCAGCCUGGUGAUACACCAGAGGACUCACACAGGAGAAAAACCAUACGAGUGUCCAGAUUGUGGGAAAAGUUUCAAUCAGAAUUCCCACCUCAUGAUACACCAGAGGACCCACACAGGAGAGAAACCGUAUGAGUGUCUCGAUUGUGGGAAAUGUUUCAUUCGGAAUUCUGACUUGGUGAUACACAAGAGGACUCACACUGGUGAGAAACCGUAUGAGUGUGUGGAUUGUGGGAAAAGUUUCAUUUGGAAUUCUGACUUGGUAAUUCACAGGAGGACUCACACUGGUGAGAAACCGUAUGAGUGUGUGGAUUGUGGGAAAAGAUUCAGUCAGAAUUCCCACCUGGUGAUACACCAGAGGACUCACACAGGAGUGAAACCGUAUGAAUGUCCAUAUUGUGGGAAAAGUUUCAGUCAGAAUUCCCACCUGGGGAUUCACCAGAGGACUCACACAGGAGAGAAACCAUAUGAGUGUCUGGAUUGUGGGAAAACUUUCAGUCAGAAUUCCAGCCUGGUGAUACACCAGAGAAUUCACACUGGGGAGAAACCAUAUGAAUGUCCAGAUUGUGGGAAAGGUUUCAAUAGUAGGUCUAGCCUUGUAAAUCAUGUUGGUUUACACACAGGGGAGAAACCAUUCAAAUGUCAAGACUGUGGACGGUGCUUCACACAAAAUUCCUACCUUAUCGCACACAAGAAAAUCCACAUACAGAAAAAGGUGAUGGCUGUAGAGAAGCCUUGAAUUUCACUUCUGAUCUCUUUUCAGAAAUCCCGCUGAGAAAUUAACUAUUAAUUUCUGGCCUGAUUCUUUUUAGUCAACAUGACUCAGCGUUAGACGUGAGGGAGGAGUUAACAAAAAUGAAAAAAGUUAGUUUGAUAAUGGCUAACUACAUGUACCUGGCUAUCAGCAGAACUUUCUGGAAAUGUACUUUUGCAGAAAUAGUGCAAUUGCUGCAGAAAGGAUUUUUGGAGGUAUUUUUUGCGUAUUGAUCAUCAUAGAUCCUAGAAAUGUGACAUGCAGAAUUUCACCCUUCUUCAACCUGGGUUUCCUCCAGAUUUCGAGUCCCAGAUUUUCCCAGCCAGCAUACCCUUUCAGAAAAUAUCUGGGAGUCAUAGUCAGUGUUUCUGGGAGUCCCCAGUAAGUGGCUACAGGUCCUAAAAGAUAUAAUACAAAAAAUAUAGGCGCAGUCAGGUUUUAGUUAGAUUGUGGCUCCUCAAAUAUGCUUGGAGUUGCCUGCUUGUUAGCCUUUGAUGGCUGGUGGGUGGGACAUU